AUGGGGAGGUUAUUUGUGGUGAAUCUUGAAGGGAAGAUCUAUAGUUGCAAGCACUGCAGAACCCAUCUUGCUCUUUUUGAGGAUAUUGUUUCAAGGUCUUUCCACUGCAGGCAUGGGAAAGCUUAUCUCUUCAAUAAGGUAGUGAAUGUCUCUGUUGGAGAGAGUGAAGAGAGAAUGAUGAUGACUGGGCUGCAUACAGUAGCUGAUAUUUUCUGUGUGGGGUGUGGAUCAAUCGUGGGGUGGAAAUAUGAAACUGCUCAUGAGAAGAGCCAGAAGUACAAGGAAGGAAAAUCUGUCCUUGAACGAUUUAAGGUUUCCGGUCCAGAUGGAAGCAAUUACUGGGUCAGUCACGAAGCACACGUUGGUGGAAGCGAUGCAGAUGAUGUUUGAUUACUCCUUCAAAUUCCAACUGUACAUUCUUUAACCAUCAAGUUUCUGAUUCGACUUCUGAAUUCUUAAACUGGUUGUUCUUCAAUUCAGUGCCUUGCUAAAUGGCACUGUCACUGUGAAUAACCUAAUUGAAAACACUCUGACUGUUGAUUCCGAUUAAGUUGAUGCUCAAACUUCUGUGAUCAUGUCUUCAAUUUAAUAUCACUUACUGUUCCAUUCAGUUUUUAA